AUGGCAGCCAUUUCCUUUUCUACGUCGACCACCUCUACCUCCAGUGUCUCGGCGACGGUAACUCCAGGCCUCCAAGCUCAGCAACUGUCUCCCAGCGGGUCAUUGCCCUCCGGACGUAGUGCCCCUUGCCUGGUUGGGAUCCCGGGCGAGGAAAAGAUGUACAUGCUCGGUGUCAACAACAACGAGGGGAGGCUGAAUGAUCUGCAUGAGUUAAUUGAAGCUGGCGGUGGGACCGAUGUACCUCUUCGGGGGGCGAGGGAGCAGCAGCGAACUCAGCGAUCUGUUUUUUCGCUGACAGCCCGGCGGACUCAUGACAGCAACUGUCCCCAACAGGUUCUCUGCCGGCUGUGCGCAUGUGUUUUGCGGCAGUUUGGGAUGCGGUCCAAAAAAAAAAUGUGCGUCUUCGUGGGGCAAUACCGCAGCACCGCAUUGAAUGAUUUGCACAGCUACAGCACGGCGGAUCUCCUUGGGGUGCCAGCACUUUGGCCGGCGCGGACGGCAGCCUGCAGCCAUCGGCACUGGAGCUUAAGAUCGCUAAGAAGCACGGGGAAGUGUUCGCACUGCCGUGAAGCGCACGACUGCGCCAGCAGCAUCAAAGAAGGCGAAGUAUACUACAGCAUGUACGGCCACGUCAAGAAGCUGGCUGAUGAGAUCGCUGCCUCUAAUUAUGAAAGAGGAGGGCGUGAGUGUCCACAGCAACUGGCAGACUACGAUGGCGUCUUGUUUGGAAUCCCCACCCACCCGCUUCGGCAGUGCCUCAGGCCAGAUGAAGGCUUUCUUCGACAGUACUGGCUCACCAUGGCAGAUCGGCGCACUUGCAGGGAAACUUACGGAAAGCUGAACGUGGCAUGGCGUCCACCCACAUGA